CUAGCUUUGUGCGCGCGACGGACCUGUGACUGACUGCCGUGCGCUUGUAAACACUUGUGAACUGACGAAGAGACACAGAGUGCCGCUCGUGUGUGUAUACUCUCGGUCGGCGGUGUCUGCGACCGUUUGAUGUCUGGGCACCGCGACGGUGACAGCGCCAUGGCGUCGACGUCGGGGCGAUUAGCGCUGGCGUGCCUGCUGUUGCUCGCGACAGCGGUAGAAGCGCGUCCCGCCACCAGAUACAUCCUGCUCGGCUCGGAGCACGCGGCGGUGAGCGUGCAGCUGGGAGACACGGUGCGCCUCGAGUGCUCCCACCACCACCAGCAGCACCAGCAGCACCAGACCCUGGUGCAGCCCGCGGCGCCGCUGUGGUUCCGCGACGGCCGCCGCCUGCACACGGCGCUGCCGAGGCUCACCAUCGCCAGGCACUGGCUAAACAUAAAAUCCGUGAAGUGUAGUGAUGCUGCAAAGUACAGCUGCUAUCUCGAAACGGACAAUGGAAGAUUAUGGCAAAACAUUACGGUAUCAGUCAACGACAUGAACUGCCAAAAAGCUGUAAAUACAAAGCGAGCGUCCCUAAAUCAAGAGAGCUUCACAAGCAAAGCUGACUUGAUGCCUGUCGAGGGCUCAGGGAGCAUUCUCGGUGCAAGUGGCAUGGAAACUCAGCACGGGACCCCAGCGGAAUCCGUGGACUAUGUUUCAGAUGAAGAUGCUGUAGAAGGUAGCUUUAUCCAAGCUGAGGUACCUUUGAGGAUGCAAAAGACAAAGGUUGCCAUUAUAGGAAGUUCACCUGUUCUUGACUGUGGUGUUCCAGAGGAAGCUGAAAGUAAUAUUACUUGGAUAAAACAUGAUACAAAUGAAAUUCCUAGCAUUGAUCUGGACAAUAUCCCUGAUGAAUAUGUUAUUAAGUUUGGCCCACAUCAGCUACUAGAGCUUCAGGAUAUCAAUGUGGAUGAUGCUGGCUGGUACACAUGUAUAGCUUGCUCACUGCACUGUCAAGCAGUUACAACAAUUUGGCUCCAAUUAGAUCAUGCUAUGUCACUUAUUGCUGAUUCAGAAGUGGACACAUCUGUGGAUACCAAUAUAUCUCUACAGGAUAUAGAUGUGUCAGAAGAGCAGAAACUUUAUGGUUCUACAACAUAUUUAAAAUCACCAGUGUUCUCAAAACCAAACAAGAUGCAUCCUCUAAACAUAAAGGCAGCAGGCAGUUCUCUCAAUCUGAAAUGUCAAGCUGAUGGAGAUCCAACUCCAAACAUCACAUGGUAUAAAGAUGGAGGGAGUUUAGAUCAUAACUUGGAGGUGACAUAUAAACGAUGGUCCAUUAAUCUUGAGAAGUUGCAGACUUCUGAUUCUGGAAAUUACACUUGUAUUGUCUGUAAUGUAAAUGGAUGCAUAAAUUUCACCCAUAUAGUGGAAGUAAUUGACAAACAUUCUGGGAGGCAGUUUCCUCACUACAUCAAGAACAUAACAGCUGCUGUAAAUACAACAACUGAACUGAAAUGUGUCCCUGUCAUGGAUAACCAAGCACACAUUCUGUGGCAACGUGUAGCCAGUUGUCCAAGCAGUAAUACUGAUAGUGGUUCAGAGUCAGUGUUUCCAUCACAGCCUAGGGGCAGCCAACAUCUGCUGAUUAUUCCAAACAUAACACACAACAGUGAGGGCUGGUAUGAGUGCAUCACAACCAUCAAAACUGGAAGCAUUUUUACCUGUGUCUACCUACAAGUGAUUGACGAACAUUUUACCUAUGCUGGUAAGACAGCUCAGGUAGAAAGAAAGAAGGUUGCUGUCGUUGGGAGUUCUCCAACACUCACCUGUGAUGUCCCACCUGGACCUGACAUUAAUGUUCGCUGGAUAAAGCACAAUACCAGAAGACUGCCUUUCAAAGAUUUAAAUAAUAUACCUUCUCAGUACAUUGUUUUAUCUGAUAAAAGUGGCCAGUUGUUGCUCCAGCAUAUAAGCUUGGAUCAUGCUGGAUGGUACACUUGUUUGGUAUGCAACAGACAGUGCACUUUCUCUGGUACCACAUGGCUUCAAGUCAACCCAGCUUUAUCUCAACUGGGAACUGCAGAAGCAGAUGAUUCUCAUGAUGUUGAUGGGCCUGACAGAGAGACUGAUCUUCUAUCUAAGCCAGGUUCUGUAAAUGCUACAGGGGAUUUAAAACCACCAACUUUUGUAAAACCUAACACUAUGCAUCCUGUAAUCAUGAAGCCUGCUGGAAACACUUUGCGUCUCAAAUGUCAAGCUGAUGGAAAUCCAAGUCCAAAUAUUACUUGGUACAAAAAUGGUGUGAUCCCAGAACGCCAUUUAGGUGUUAUAUCAUAUAGGCGAUGGUCAAUGAAUUUAGAAGAUCUGACAACUUUUGAUUCUGGCAAUUACAGUUGUGUUGUCUGCAAUGAACUGGAGUGUAUCAACCACACAUUUAAAGUGGAUGUUAUUGAGCGAGUGCAUCACAGGCCAAUAUUCACAGAAGCUCCUGAGAACUCCACCUUGGUUUUGGGUGCCACAGCUUCAUUUAACUGCAAAGUCCUGUCUGAUCUUCAUCCUCAUGUUGCCUGGUAUAAGGGCUAUUACAUGGACUUUAAUGAAACAGAGUCUAGUAACACGGUGAAGCCAGAAGAUGAUCCUCAGACACUGGUUCUUCAUAAUGUCACAUAUGAUGAUGAAGGAUGGUACACAUGUAUAGCAGCAAACAGCUUGGGAACCACUUAUGCAAGUGCAUACCUGAAAGUUGUUGAUGCUCUGGAAGUCAAUGACCCAACCAUCACCAUCACUCAGCGUCCACAUCCAAUGUUAGUCAACACACUUGUCGGUGUUUUAUGUGCUAUAUUUUUUGUUGGAAUGUUUUCAAUGGUAUGCAUCUUCAAGAAGCUCAACAGGGAGAAGAAACAAAAACUGCAAGCUAUUGAAAUUGCUGCAAGAGCUGCUGUGGUAACACAGUGGACUAAGAAAGUUAUUGUUGAAAAACAGCAGUUAUCAAAUGCACAGAACACACAGGAACCCCUGCUAAUGCCAAUUGUGAAAAUAGAGAAGCAAAAGUCACAUGGUCAGACAAACACAUCCUCUGGUUCUGACUUAAUGAUAUCUGAGUACGAACUUCCUUUGGAUUCUGAGUGGGAAUUUCCAAGGGAACUACUUACUCUUGGUAAAUCAUUGGGUGAAGGUGCUUUUGGAAAAGUAGUCAAAGCUGAGGCACAAGGAAUUGUAAAACAUGGAGUCAGUACUAUUGUAGCAGUUAAAAUGUUAAAAGAGGGGCACACUGAUGCUGAGAUGAUGGAUUUAGUGUCAGAAAUGGAAAUGAUGAAGAUGAUUGGCAAGCAUAUUAACAUCAUUAACUUGUUAGGUUGUUGCACUCAAGACGGUCCAUUAUAUGUAGUUGUGGAAUAUGCCCCACAUGGCAAUCUUCGAGAUUUCUUACGACAACGAAGACCAUCCUCUGGAUAUGAACCAGCUAUUGGUACUGACCUCAAAGAGAAAAACACACUGACUCAAAAAGAUCUUGUUUCAUUUGCAUACCAAGUUGCAAGAGGAAUGGAGUAUCUAGCAUCAAGAAGGUGCAUCCAUAGGGAUCUAGCAGCAAGAAAUGUUCUUGUAAGUGAUGAAUAUAUUCUCAAAAUUGCUGAUUUUGGUCUGGCAAGAGAUAUACACUGUCAUGACUACUACCGUAAAACUACUGAUGGAAGGUUACCUGUGAAAUGGAUGGCACCUGAGGCCUUAUUCCAUAGGGUAUACACAACUCAGUCUGAUGUGUGGUCAUAUGGUAUACUGUUAUGGGAGAUAAUGACUCUUGGGGGAACUCCAUAUCCUUCAGUUCCCAGUGUUGAGAAACUUUUUCAACUAUUGAGAAGUGGCCACAGAAUGGAGAAGCCACCAUGCUGUUCCCUGGAAAUAUACAUGCUAAUGAGGGAUUGCUGGAACUAUCAGCCAAAUGAAAGACCCAUGUUCAGUGAACUGGUUGAAGAUUUGGACAGAAUACUCACAAUUACAGCAAAUGAGGAAUACCUUGAUCUUGGGCUGCCACAACUAGACACCCCACCAUCGAGUCAAGAAUCUUGUCAAGAAUCAAGUGAUGAUGAAGAAAAGUUUCCCAGUCUUUUGUGAUUAACUACUUCAGAUGAUAUGUGUGAUGCUCAAAGCAACUACUGCAAGUGAAAAGUCCCAGAGACUUAAAGCUUCAGUUAUGUGCCUGAAUAAACAUGUAAAUUUAUUUAUUGACUGUUAUGCUGUGAAGUGAAAAAAUGAAAGGAAGAAGCACAUUAUGUAUUUGUUGUUGUGUGUGUGUGUGUGUGUGUGUGUGUGUGUGUGUGUGUGUGUGUGUGUGACAGAAGGGGGAGGGAGAGAGAGAGAGAGAGAGAUAGAGAGAGAACGAAUAUUGAGAAGUACAGAUACUUUUUGUACAUUUUGUGCUGAAGUUAUUGAACUCAUUUUGUUUUGUGUUAUUGAUUGAAUGAGCUCACUGUGGUGAAAAACUUUCUGUAUUUGAAUUCACAGUGGAGCUUAAAUGUGUUGUAUGCAUCACUAAUGAUGUUGCCACAAAAGACUGAGAAGAACGCGAUGACAAACAUUAUCUAAAUGGAACAGAAGAUUCAUUUAACAACACAAAAAUGUACAUUUGUGAAACUACUGCAGCAUAAAAGUGAAAGUGAAAUUUUCAUUACUAGUCGUUUAUUAUUUAAUAAGUGCAACUCUAUGACACUUGCAGCUAGGCAGUGAGAGAAAUGAUCAUUGUAGAAAGAGGAACUAAUGGGCUGGCAGUGUCACUGAGUGGAGAAAUUCACUCAAUAUUAAUGUUAAAUAGUUUCACCAAUGAAACUGCCUUAUCAGUAUAUAAUAAUGAAAGUACAAAGCAUAACCUCUAAUUAACAUUGCUACAAGUAAUAAUAAAAAUUUAUUUUUAGGUUGUAACAAAACAAUUAGGGCAUUACUUGUUGUAAUUUUUUGUAAAUCUGUGUUCCUCUUAGCUGUUAGUCUCUUUGUACAUAUAGAGUUUCAUAGUUAUACAAUACAUUGUUGUUACCAGAAAUUAUCAUGAAGCAAUUGUUCUGUUUACAUUUAAGUUUUCAACAGAUCUCAGGCUCAAUGAAUAUAUAUCUUUAUACCCAAGCAAUUAUAUAUUACUAGCUAUAAUAUUCUGCCUGCAGAUUUUCCCUUUGGUUUUUCAAAGAGGGGACAGUGGGGAUCCCAUGGUAUAAAGUCCACUUAGAAGUAUGAGGACAACUGAAAGUAAAUUGGCAGCUUCACCUGAUAUGUAAUGCUGCUAACAACAGAAAUAAGUCUUGAGUUUUAUACUUUAUAUCAAUUAUUCACUAGAAAAAUUAGCAGAAAAGGGUGCAGAGCUACUGGAUGUACAAGCUGAAAAUGCAUCUCUGAGUCAAAUUCAUGGAUAAUGCCUAUAACUGAUCAUACAGUGUGCUCUGUUCACUCAUUUUCAAACAUGUUAAAAACACACAACAACAAAGAAAACACUGUGCUCAACAGUGUCACUGUCACUGUUAGAGUUCUAUUCAAACAAUAAGAUUUCCAGAACAGAAGAUAAAAACUAUUUAUCUGGCUCUUGUUCCUGUGGAUGCUGGACUGUCCAGUUAAGUGCCAAAGAACGACUGUGAAGAUAAUAUACACCCUACAAUGUAUUUGAUCAAAUUAGUUCAUGUUUAUGAAUUAUUGGAAAUCUUCUGCUGAUAUAAGCACAAAUAACUGCCUUACCUUAUAGUCACCUUACAACUUCAUUGUCACUUGCUACUGUAAUUAACCAGAUGAGUGGGGGACAGUGGUUAUGUCUUAACAUACCACUACAAGAUGACCUGUUAAAAUAUAUAUAUUCCAAAUUUUAUAUUACAAAAAUAUGCUAUUAUAUUAACUAAAAAGUUGUUCAUUUUCUUAAUUUUGUAAUCAUUAGAUUAUUUGGCAUAACAUCACCAAAAUAAUAAUAUCUAAACUUCAUUUCAUCACACUUAGACAGGAUUUUCAGUUACUGAGCAGCUUUUAAAAUUUAAGAACACUAUAAUGUUUAAACAGACAUACAAAAGUAUGGAUAUAUCCAUUACCUACCGAUAAACUUGUGUUUGUUUUGUUGUAAACAUAAACCUACCACAAGACUUUUUCUUUUUACAAAAUAGUGAUUUUAAAAUUAUUCACCAUUAUCUCUUGUACUUUAGAAAAUAACAACAUAUAUUGUACAGUUGAUGUCAAACUUCCGAAAAGGAGGUCACACUUAAGAAAAUUGCAGCAUUAUUAAGUUAUUAAAUUCAGCUUUUCAUUUCUUGAAUAUUAAAUGAUAAUUUGAAAAAAUGCAACAUGAGUAACUAAAAAAGAGACAUUCAUAUACAAAUACUGCUGCUGCUUCAGUUGCUUAGCGACUCUGAAAAUGACUUCAUUAAAUCUUUUGAAGAAUCUGUAGUGCUAAAUUUAGUGAAGUCCACUGACGUUCAUCUGGUAUUAAAAAGUUCUAAAAUGUUGGCUUUAAUCCAUAGUUCAAUGGAGGAGGUGGUUCCUAACACUUAAACAUUAGAAAAAAAUAGGCCUAUGUUAUUUUCAUGUGUUAAAAACAGGAAAUUGUAAUGUGGAAGAUGCACUUGUGAUAUUGUAACUAUUACGAUGUGCUUGCCUCAGUCAUAUAAAGUGGAGUAGGGAGUGUGAUGAGGAACAUGCACAUGUACUUGUUGUAACAUCUUUUCUGUUUAAUUUCACAUUAUUUUUCUUUUCAUUCAUAAAUCUGUCCAAAGAGAUCUGCAGCAUGUUUCCUUCUGUCAUAUCAGUUUUAAUUCUGUCCCAUUUAUCUGAUGUUUCAAUGCAGCUAAACACUAUACUUCAUACAUAACCUCAAGUAAAUUAUUUCAUUAUUCAAGUAAAUUAUCUGACUAUUAAACUGUUUUUCAUUAAUCACUUUAACCUAUUAUGAAGGAGAAAAUGGCAUAUAUUUGGCAGUACCAAAUAAAUGCAUCUGUUGGCUGUCUGUACACAAGGAAUGACGCUUGCAUUUCACAGUUUUAAUUAUGGGCAUUUCUUCAUUACUUUUUGUUAUAAAUAUUAGGCUGUUAGGGAACAAGUCACCUUGUACAAUGUAAGGUAGUCAGAAAUUUGGCUCAGGAAUGUUCAGCAGGGUGAAUUUCUGCAUUGCUCUUGCAAAUCUGGAGCCCUACGUAUUACAUCAGAAACAUAGUGCCUAAUGGAGGAGCUGCUAGUUACAGAUUUUAUCUUAAAACUGACAAUAAUGUUAUUAAGUGAAUGUAAUAUUCAGUAUUAUUUAGUUUCUUUUAAGUUAUUCAAAUCCAGGAAGGCAUUUCUACUGUUGGUCAGAAGGGCAGCUAUAUCAAUAAUUCAUAUUCUUUCUCUAGCUAUAACAUUAUAUAGAAAAUUGUUAAUAAAAUGUAUCAACUUUACUCAAACUACCUUUAUUGGGUUGAACAUAUUUUACACUGAAACAUAUUUGUGUGAGCUGUUCUACACCAAUAUCCAUCUAAUUUUUAAAACUAAUUACUUGGAUUUCUAAAAUCAAAACUGGAUCUGAAAUUUUAGGCCAGAGUGUCAUAGACUCUUUAAAGUUUACCCAGUGUUCUGCAUUUAUAGCGAGUUAUACUGAAACAGUUUUGGAUUAUAUACAUGUCAAAUGAGAUAUAACCAAGUUUGUAUAGAAUUUUCAAUUAUGUACAUAAAACAAUA